AUGCUAGAGCUGCAAAGAGGUUUAUCCAUACAUCAAAUAAGUAAUACUAUAGACCAGGAACGUAUUUUCUCUUCAAAAUUAUUUCAUUCCCUAUUUUGCAAUUUUCACAAAUUAACACACUUCUUGGCAAGAACUAUUAACUUCCAACUGUUUUAUGCUAAAUUGCAACACAUGCUCCAAGUGAACAAGAACAGAGAUAUAAUAGUUUUAUUACAAACAUAUAUGGUACGCAGUGCAGCACAAGGAGGUAUAAGCAGUGUUGAGAUCAGUUUGGUUGAAGCUUUCCAGUUUUUUAUCAGCCGAUGCAAACUGAAACUGCAUGUUAUGUUGUCUUUUAAUCACACAUUCAGUGAAUAUCGUAGGCGUCUACACUCAUAUACUAACCUAGUAACUUGUUGUGACUGCAUAUGGUUUGAGCCAUGGACUGAUGAUGCUUUAGAAAAAGUAGCACAACGGUAUCUGAGCGAUGCACAUGUGAGUGAUCAAACAAAGACAGCUGCAGUGGAUGUAUGUAAAUAUUUUCAUCUCACAGCUGGACCUGUUCAGGAUAAUUUCUAUAGAGCAGUGGGUCUCCAGACAUACAUUUCAGUAUCAAAUUUUGUUUUACUUACAAAGUCAUUUACAUAUACUGUCAAUACUAAGAAAGAAGAAACAGAGGAGGUCAGGGACCAUUACUUGUCAGGUCUUGGAAAACUCCAUUAUGCAGAUAAGGAGGUCCAAAAGCUGUUAGAUAAUCUCAUGGACUUGCGUUCACAACUAGCUGACACCACAAAAAAAUUGGAACAAACGAAGCUAAACAUUAUUUAUACACAAAAGCAACAUGCUGCUCAAACCAAGAAAGUUGAAAAGCAACGAGAUAUUACUGAGAAACAGAGAGAAGUUACCAAAGGGCUGCAAGAUAAUUGUGAUGAAAUAAUGAGUGAAGCAACACCAUUUCUUGAAGAUGCAAAUGAAAAAUUGAAUGCACUAAAACCAUCUGACAUGACAAAUCUGAAAGGAAUGAAGCAACCCCCAGAUGGAGUAAGAGUGGUCAUGACUGCAGUUUGUCUAUUGAAAGAUGUGAAACCUGACAGAAUUACUGAUCCAGCUUCUGGAAAGAAAUCAAAUGACUACUGGGGACCAGCUAAAAAGCUUCUUGCAGAUUUUCGCUUUCUGUUCAACCUUAAAACAUUUGACAAAGACAACAUACCUCCUGCCAUUAUGAAGAAAGUUCGAGCUGAAAUAAAAAAACCAGAGUUUAAUGCUCAAGCUAUAGGAAAAGCAUCAAAGGCUGCUGAAGCAAUAUGUCUGUGGGUGACUGCAAUGGACGUAUAUGAGCGUGUUUCCAAGGUAUUAGAACCAAAAAAAGUAGUAUUAGCGGAAGCUGAAGCAGUCCUACAAGAAUUCAGCACUGUUUUAUCUAGUGAAGAAGAGAAGCAGAAGGACCUUGAAGCCAAAUUAUUAGAACUGAACAGAGUGCGUGAGGAAACUGCUGAUCAUAAAGCUGACCUUGAAGCUAGAGAAGCUGAGGCAGACAGCAAGUGGCAGCGAGCUGACAGACUUAUUCGAAGCCUUGAAGGAGAGAGAAUUCAUUGGACAGAAGCGUCUGACUCAUUGCAGCUCGCACUUGAUAACCUGCCUGGCAAUGUUUUAGUAUCUUGUGGAGUUAUGGCAUACCUUUCACCUUUCACAUCAGUGUACAGGACUAAAUGCAUUGAAGACUGGCAUGCAUACAUUGUUAGAAGUGGCAUCCCAAGUUCAACUGUCUAUGAUUUUGUUCAAGCCCUAGGGCUCGAUCUAAAAACCCGUUCAUGGAUAAUUGCUGGGCUUCCUCGAGACCAUUUUACACUUGAAAGUGCAGUUAUUGUUGAUAAUUCGCAAAGGUGGUCAAUUAUGGUGGAUCCUCAAAGUCAAGGUAACAAAUGGAUCAAAAAUGUUGAAAAGAAAAAUGGUCUUGAAGUAGUAAAGUUCACAGAUGCCACUUAUGUGGGUACUAUUGAAAACUGCAUAAUGUUUGGACGACCAGCACUUCUUGAAAACAUUGGAGAAACUCUUGAACCACCCUUAGAUCCUGUGCUCCUGAAAAGGAUAUAUUUAAAGGAUGGAUCACUCAAAAUAAUGCUCAGUAAGGAGGUUGAAUAUAAUACAAAGUUCAGAUUUUACAUAACUACAAAGUUGCAAAAGCCGCGCUAUUCAUUCCAUGACUACAACAAAAUAACACUUGUGAACUUUUACCUCCCAAUAGAGGGUCUACAGGAGCAGCUUCUAACAAUAGUGGUGAAAAGUGAAAGACCUGACAUGGAAGAUCAGAGACAAAAUCUAUUACAACAGAGUGCCACACAUGUCAAGAGACUUGAAGAUAUAGAACAGAAUAUAUUUGAAACAUUGGCAGAGUCAACAGGCAACAUUUUAGAAGAUGAUUAUGCAAUAAAUGUGCUUAAUUCCUCCAAGAUCACAGCCCGUGACAUUAAUGUGAAGGAAGCAGCUGUCCAACAAGCAAAUGAUGAGAUAGAGGAAUUCAGACAAAAUUAUCAGACUGUGGCAAGACAUUCAGCCAUUCUUUAUUACUGUAUAACUGAUCUUCGUGCUAUUAACUAUAUGUACCAAUACUCCCUGGACUGGUUCCUGAACUUGUAUACAUCCUCUUGUACCAAAAACUUAGGUUCAAUGAGCAUAGAGGAACGUCUGAAGCUGCUUACCGACACAUUCACUAUCAGUCUUUAUCAGCAAGUAUCUCAGUCUCUCUUUGAAAGAGAUAAGUUGACAUUUUCUUUCAUUCUCUGCAGCAGAAUCUUGAUAGCACAAGAUGAACUACCAAGGGAGGAAUUCAUGUUUCUUGUCAUGAGCAUUGUUGAUGUUGAAAGUUUAGAGCCUAACCCUGCUCCUGAGUGGCUAAGAAAUGAGGCAUGGAGUAUGCUCUGCCAGAUAGAAGUAUUGCCCGCUUUCAGUGGUUUCAAAGAACAUUUCAAGAAGCAAAUAAGUGGGUGGAAGCAGUAUUCUACUGAUGUGGAUGCCUCAUUGGCUAAGUUGCCUUCUCCUUGGGCACAGCGUCUCUCUCAGUUUGAAGCACUGAUCCUUAUUCGGAUAUUCCAUCCAGAUAAGUUAUUAUAUUUUGUGAGAGACUUCAUACAGUCUAAAAUGGGGAUGAAGUUUGUGAAACCACCACAUUUUGAUAUAGAAAAAGCUUAUGAGGAUUCUGAUGUGAUGUGUCCUCUUAUAUUUAUCUCAGAACCACAGUAUAAUCCUAUUACAGAUUUAUAUAGAUUUGCUCAGCGCAAAGAAUAUGGAUCCAAAUUUAUCCCAAUAUCACUUGGAGAAGGACAGGGUGAAAUUGCUCAGAAUACAAUACGAGCAGCACAAGCUGAUGGCAGCUGGGUCUGCUUACAAAAUUGCCAUCUUGCAUGCUCCUGGAUGCCAACACUGCAGAGGAUAUGGGAAACAAUAGACAACAACAAUUCUAGUCCUGGAUUUAGGCUGUGGCUCACAACUGAACCUUCAGAGGGGUUCCCAGAAUCUGUUUUGCAGAAUGGAAUUAAACUCACAUUUGAUCCUCCAGUGGGUGUUAAACGAAAUCUUUAUCACUUAUAUAUGUCAGAAAUGUUAAGAGACCCACAUGUAUUUGAGAGUUCUGGUGGUCGGUACAAAGAAUUCAGCAGGUUGUUGUAUGCGCUGUGCUUUUUUCAUGUGGUAUUGCAGGAGAGAAGCUCAUAUGGCCCUGUUGGCUGGACAAGUCCUCAUGAGCAUGAUGACUCAGAAUUAUUUACAUCAAUACAAACUUUACAGGCUUUCCUCAACACUGACAAGGAAGUAUCAUAUGAAGCCAUCCAAUACACAAUUGGUGAAUGCAUAUAUGGUGCUCAACUAACUGAUGAGUGGGAUCACCGAAUAUUAAUAACAAUUUUACAUGACUUUAUAAAUGAAGAACUUGUUGUUUCUCAAAACUAUAUCUUUACAGAGAUAAAUAAGGUGUACAGUGUUCCAUCAGACAUCACACAUUCAGCAUGUUUGCAGAAGAUUGAAAGUUUGCCACAAGAUACAGACGCUGAAAUAUAUGGUAUGCAUCCUAAUGUUGACGUAAUUCAGAAAAUAAAUAAUACAAGUUUGUUUAUUGAUGCCUUGUACCUCGUUCAUGGGCCAGCUGUACCAACUAAAAUAUCAGACAUUGAAGAUGUUCUUAUCGACACAUGUACUAUUUUGCUAGAACAGCUUCCAGAGAAAGAGUUUGAUGAAAAAGCUGCAAGAAAAAAGUAUCCACUCUCACAGAAGGAAAGCUUGAAUAAUGUUCUCAUACUGGAAAUUGAUAAAUAUAACAAACUUCUCAAGACAAUUAGAAUGACGCUAGAAACAAUAAUCAGAACAAUGAAAGGCCAAGAAAUUAUUAUCUCCCCUGAAGUAGAAGACUCAGUAUCUUCCAUACUGAAAAACAAGAUACCUGCCUCUUGGUGGAAGGUAUCAUAUCCAAGUACCAAAAUGCUGGGGGCUUAUAUUGCUGAUUUCUCCAAAAGAUUUCAAUAUAUAAUGAAAUGGUACAAUGAUGGGCCACCAAAAGUUUUCUGGAUGUCAGCACUGUUUUCUACACAUCGCUUUCUCACUACGCUGACAUGGAAUUAUUCAUGUAAAAAUGACAUUCCAUUCAAUAAGUUGUCAAUUGAUUGUUCACUUACACCACAGUCAGAUGUAGAUGAAUCUCAUUCUGAUGGCGUCCGCAUAUCUGGCCUGUUUCUAGAAGGAGCAAAGUGGGACAGUGAGAAAAAUUCUCUUGAAGAACAAGACAUGAAUGUUAUUUGGCAAAAGUUGCCUGACAUAUUUCUUUAUCCAAAGCAAUCCUCCAGAAUAAAAGAAGAAGGAAAAUAUAGAUGUCCUUGCUACAAAACAUCAGCUAGAUUUUCUCCACAGGCAUCAGGAAAAGAAACAAUUAACUAUGUUAUGUCAUUGUUACUCCCUACCAAAGAGAAGCCAGCAAAACAUUGGAUAGAGAGGGGUGUAGCAAUUGUUUUCCAGGAAGAAGCCUAA